UUUUUUUAAAAUCACCUUCACUACGGACAAAACCACCAAAAUAGAACACUAGGGUUCAUAGCUCCGGCGACAAUGGAGGCAGCGAACGCCCGGAACCCCGCCACCAAGCGGAAGUUCGACGGAGCACCGUCGUCAAACAACGGCUUCACCAACGGAACCACCACCACCAACACCAACACGGUCGAUCUUUCCCUUCUAGAAGCCAUCGAGAAAUCCCAGCACACCAUCGAAGCUGUCGACCUCCGAACCCUAAAGAAGCUCGUCCUCGCCUUCGAGCGCCGCCUCAAGGACAACAUCGAAGCCCGCCUCAAGUACCCCAACCAACCCGACCGGUUCGCCGACUCCGAAGUCGAACUCCAUGAAGAGCUUCAGAAGCUCAAGGUCCUCGCCGGAGCACCGGAGCUUUACCCUGACCUUGUCAACCUCAACGUCGUUCCCUCCAUCGUCGACCUUCUCAGCCACGAUAACACCGACAUCUCCAUCGACGUCGUGCAGCUCCUCCAGGAUCUCACCGAUGAGGACGUGCUCGACGACAACGACGACCCUGCCAAGGCCCUUGUGGAUGCUCUUGUUGACAGCAGCGCGCUCGAGCUUCUCGUUCAGAAUCUCCACCGUCUCUCGGAUUCUGACCCUGAUGAGAAUGCUGCCAUCUACAACACGCUUGCCACAAUCGAGAAUCUUAUUGAAGUGAAGCCCUCAGUGGCGGAGCUGGUGUGCGAGAAGACCAAGAUUUUGAAGUGGCUGCUGGGGAAGAUUAAGGUGAGGGAGUUUGAUGGAAACAAGCAGUAUGCUUCAGAGAUUCUGGCGAUUCUGCUGCAGAGUAGCACCGCGAAUCAGAAGAGGUUGGGGCAGAUGAAUGGGGUGGAUGUGGUGCUUCAGGCCGUGGCCAUGUACAAGUCGAAGGACCCUAAGAGUUCAGAUGAGGAGGAGAUGCUGGAGAAUUUGUUUGAUUGUUUGUGUUGUUUGUUGAUGCCUUUGGAGAAUAAAGAGAGGUUUGUGAAGGCUGAAGGGGUGGAGCUGAUGAUAAUCAUCAUGAAGCAGAAGAAAUUGGCUUAUGGGUCGGCUAUUAGGGCGCUUGAUUUCGCAAUGACCAAGUACCCUCCGGCUUGUGAACGGUUUGUGGAUGUUUUGGGGUUGAAGACAGCUUUUGCAGCUUUUAUGGGUAAGAUUCCCAUCAGUAAGAAGAACAAGAAAGAACGGUACCAGGAGGACUUAGAGGAGCGCAUUGUGUCCCUCAUUGCUUCAUUAUUUGGUGGAAUCUUGAGGGGUUCAAGGAGAGAUAGACUAUUAAGUAAGUUUGUUGAAAAUGAGUGCGAGAAGAUAGACAGACUAAUGGAACUAUACAUCAGAUAUUCAGAUAGAGUUAAAGCUGAAACUGAGCGGUUGGAUCAAGUUGAGCUUGAUGACUUGGAGAUGGAUGAAGAUGAAAAAUACAAUCGUAAACUUGAAUCUGGACUAUAUACUCUUCAGUUGAUUGCUGUCAUUUUGGGUCAUGUUUGGUGCUCAGAACAUCCACAAAUGAGAGGAAGAAUUGAACUACUUCUCAAGCAGAACAGACUUGGUAAAAAGCAUAUCAAGGAUAUACUUCAGGAAUAUCAUGACAAUAUUGGUGAUCUUGAUGGACCAGAAGAGAAGGAGCGAGCACAGACAAAAAUUCAGAAGUUCCUGUCGGCAUUAUAACUUUUGUAUGAGUUAAAUGAAACUGAUUGAAGUUUUAUAUUUUUUCUUGAAUGCAUGUAAAAAUCUGUUAUUUAUCCAGAACGAGGAAUAGACUAGCUAAGUGUAAUGGAGAAAGAACUCUGAUACGGAAAUGUUGUGGAGAUGGUCCAUUGUUUUUA